GUUCUCUCGCGUCACAAACGCACAACGUGUAUAAAGAAAACUGUGACAACAUUCACCAUAGAACAUUCUAUAGAAGUAGUGAAAACCGUUUGACUUGUUUUGCCUCUGAAACAACGCCGCCUUCACUGUGAUAAAAGUUUAACCAAGAUGGAUUGCAAUUCCUUAUCAUCGGACGUUUGUUUACGUCCGAAACUGAGGGAAGGCGAAAAUAGAUUCUUUUAUUAGAAAUCUGCUUCGCUGUUGUAAUAAAGAAUUUUUGUUGUCGGGAUCAUAAACGAGAGAUUCUGUGUGAGUGUGAAAGUUGGUGGUGAUGAGUGAUAGCGACAACCAGGACGACCAGGAAGUCCAAUUGUCUCUAAAAAUCCCGAAAAUAACAGCUGAAUGUGAAUCGCCAACGACUGGCAAAUUAGUAUCGACGUCACCAGAAAUACACUGUGAAGAUAUGGAUACCGGUGAAGAUAAGCAGGGCAUGUCCCUGAGGAAAAGAAGAAACUUGUCAAAGAACAGAGGUCAAGCUGCAAGACAGAGAGAAAAAACACCCGAGCCCGGCAGAACUCUAAAGCCACACGAAGACACUCCGACAUCAGAUGACGAAGAUUUCUUCAAACCACAACGCAACUCAAGAGAAAUAGAAGCAGACAACACAUACCAAGAGAUGAAACGCUUAGUGCAAGAAAAAGCAAAUGUCAAAGAUCCAGUGUAUGACCUAGACACUGACCAACUUCUAGAGCAAAGGGCAAUGGCGGCUAUAGAGCGUAGGCGCCGAAGUAUUUCACCGUUUGCCAUACCAGAUAAAGAAGAGCUUGCAAAUCUUUUAGAACGAAAAGGGAGCUUUAUUGAUCCAACUAAUAAACUAUUAUCAACUAAUUACGCCCUCACCCCCAAAGACGAAGACUCGUCUAGACGCAAUUCAUUAACUAUUGAACCCCCGAAAGACACUAAACAUACGCUUUCAACCCCUUCUCCCUCUCCUAAAGAGAGCAACUUUCCCGCUCCUCUGCCUGCAACGCCUAAAAAGUUAGAUGAAAUCGUCUACCCUGACGAAAAGAAACCGGAAGAUGCAACUAAAAAGCCAAAAACUCCAGUUAAAAAUGAAAGUGUUUUCACAUUUGACGAUAGAGAAGUUAAGCAGACUGUCAAAGCUACUACACCUAAACCUGAAUCACCGGCGUCUCCCACGGAACUUGUUACAAAAGUGAUUCAAAUUGAAAGGACGCCGAGCAAAAAGAUGAUACCAGAAAAGAAACCAAAUGUAGAAGUACGAGAGAGGAUUGUUAGAACUCCGAGUAGGAGGAUGUCUACAGAUAUUAAACCCAUAAUAGCAAAACAACCACCUUCUAAACCAAAAGAACCAAAAGAAGAAACUCGUGCGCCACCUAUUAAACCGGCUCGCAGCAAAUCUGCUUCAAGAUUUGGGAAUAAAACUAGUGAAAGUGAGAUGAGUGAGGAUCAACAGAAUGCCAAAAUAGAAGUUACGAAACGUAGAACUGUGGCCGCACCACGGCGUUACACGAAGAAUAAAGUAUCACCGAAAGUGAACCGCUCACAGUCAGUACACCGAUACGAGGAAACUAGACCGGUAGAGAAAACAGGAACAGGUAUGAGCCAAACCAGUCGAGAGAUCAUCGAGUUGAUGCAGAAAGCACGUGCACGAAGUUUAUCUAUGCCCAAGGAGGAUCCUAGAACUCCACCCGAGUACAAACCUGCACACAAGGUAUUAAAAACUCCUAAUAAAACUCCAACGACGCUAAGGCAGUCGAGAGGCAUGUCAUGUCCAAAAACUAUUCAAAUUAUUAGCGAAAAAGAAAUAUUGGCAGGGUUAGUUAAAAGUAAGACGACAAAUUUGGAAAAGCAAAGUAGACAAAGCUCGGGAUAUAUUGAUGCAAGUCAGUCUGAGUACACUUCCAGUUGCUAUUCAUCGUCGCCCAGCGAGAACGAGUAUGACUUUGAUCUAUCGGUGCGAACAGCAGAGUUGACGCAUAAACUUAAUGUUUUAAGCCAAGAAAAUGAUAGGCGGGAGAUGAUGACAGGUAUAAUUUUAGCACCAGAGGACAACGCUACCUCACAGGCCGAGCGAGGUGAACAAAAGUCAGUCUUAAGAAAAAGAUCUAUCGUUGAUUCCAAAUCCGGUGCAAAGAAAGAAAGUAAAGAACGCGCGCCGGAAAGAAAAGUGAAACGAAGGUCUAUUGAGGAAAGAAAUACAAAAGUUGUGCGCUCAAGAUGGAAGUUGAUUGCUAAUUGGCAGCAGUUUAAGCAAGAACAGAAAAUCCAUUGCGAACAAAUAAAGAAUUACAGAAACAAAUGUAUUUGCGAUUUACUGAUUCUAGUUAUAAUGUGCGGCCUGGGAGGAAUGAUGUUUAAAACUUUAGAGGGGUCUUUCGAAAACGCAUACAAAUGUAGCACAAGGAACGUGAAAAGAGAUUUUAUAGAGAACCUAUGGCGGGGGAGUCAUAGUUUGCGGGAGGAAGAUUGGAAGUCAAUGGCCAGGAAGAAGUUAUAUGAGUUUGAAGAUCAGUUGCACACAGCUCACGAGGCCGGCGUCACAUCGUACAGCGGUCAGCGUUCUUGGAACUUCAUGAAUUCUUUCGUCUACUGCCUGACGUUAGUCACAACUGUCGGUUAUGGUCACAUAGCUCCAAAGACAACGUAUGGGCGAGUGGCGACAAUAGUUUACGCUACAAUCGGGAUCCCACUGUUUUUGAUCCUGCUCGCUGACUUCGGUAAACUGUUCACGAGGAUCAUCAAGUUCUUUUGGGCGUUCAUCAGAAGGUUUUACUACACGAGAAGUUGUAGGAAGGUCAGGAGAACAGCACCUGUACAGGAGGUAAUGAAGGGCUUGAACAUCGUGUAUGACGUCGUGCGUCGACCUUCGCAGAUUUUCUCUGAGGAAGACAUUGAAGAGAGUCCAAACGGAGUCCCGCCACCUGUCGAAAGAAAAUCCAGUGACGUCCCUCCUCCUUUGCCUCCAAAACCUGGAACACUACCAAGGGAUAUCGAUCUCGAAACUGACAUAGAAACUCCAGCGCCAUCAGUCUUCGAAAUAGACGAUGAGUUUAACCUACCAAUCUCAGUAGCAGUAUUCAUUCUCCUUGUUUACAUCAUCAUUGGAGCUUUCGUGUACAGUUUAUGGGAGAAGUGGAACUUCUUCGAGUCAUUCUAUUUCAUCUUCAUAUCAAUAUCCACAAUCGGUCUCGGCGAUCUAGUCCCUGACCAUCCAAUGUUCAUGAUGGCAUCCAUACUUUACUUAGUAUUCGGGUUUGCGCUCACGUCUAUGUUCAUCAACGUCGUUCAACUGAAGUUGUCCAAUACGUUUAAACAAGCAAGUGCAAAAUUAGGAGCUACCAUUGGCUUGAAAGUUGCCGAAGAGGACGGCAGCCUUGUUCCUAUAACUCCACCGGCAACUGAAAUAGUUCCAGUGCAUAAAACAAAGACAGAAAUAGAUGCUAGCAAAAGUAAAGAACCAGAUGACAAUGACACUAAAAAUAGAUAAAUAACUGUUGAAAAUUCUGAAAGUAUUGAUAGGAUAAUGUUUAAAAUAAGUCUGACGGUGAAUGGCGCUACAAUCAAUCAAAGUCGACACAAACUGAUUUCCAAAGAUGGAAUACUUCGUGAUAAUAAAACGUUUAUAAUAACGCCCGUGGUGCUAUAGAAAGUAUUUGCUGUAAGCAUGUUAAGUGAUAUCGUUACUAAUACUAUAAUUACAAGUUUACCAAAACUUAUCUAAACGUGUUUGUUGCUGUGUGUGUAAAUAAAGAUUUUUUACAUGUU